CUCCCGGCGAGCAUACUCGAGUAUGGCGACUUUGACGAGCAACUCAAUUCCUAACUGGACUUCAUCCAAGAUUCGGGAGGAGUUUUUUAACUACUUCCGCUCGAGGGACCACACGUUUGUUCGCUCUUCGUCGACAAUUCCAUAUGAGGACCCUACCCUCCUUUUUGCAAACGCUGGUAUGAACCAGUACAAAUCGAUAUUCCUAGGCACUGUCGAUCCUCUUUCCGAUCUUGCAAAACUUCGACGGGCUUUCAAUAGUCAGAAAUGCAUCAGGGCUGGUGGCAAGCAUAAUGAUCUGGACGAUGUGGGUAAAGAUUCAUACCACCAUACCUUCUUCGAAAUGUUGGGCAACUGGUCAUUUGGGGAUUAUUUCAAGAAAGAAGCCGUGCACUACUCUUGGGAACUACUAACGGAUGUUUUCAAACUUCCGAAAGAUCGGCUGUAUGUCACUUAUUUCGAAGGUGAUCCUACGGCCGGCCUGGAACCCGACCUCGAAGUUCGUCAAUUCUGGUUAGAUCAAGGUGUUGCAGACGACCAUAUCCUUCCGGGCAACGCGAAAGACAAUUUCUGGGAGAUGGGCGCCACGGGUCCUUGCGGUCCUUGCAGCGAGAUUCAUUACGAUCGGAUUGGUGGACGCAACGCCGCGCAUCUCGUCAAUCAAGACGACCCCGACGUCUUAGAAAUUUGGAACAACGUUUUCAUUCAGUUCAACAGAGAAGACGACGGAAGUCUCAAGUCUUUGCCGCUCAAACAUGUCGACACCGGCAUGGGAUUCGAAAGACUUGUAUCCGUGAUUCAAGACAAACGGUCUAAUUACGACACCGACGUCUUCCUCCCUAUCUUUGCCAGGGUACAGGAGUUGACUGGUGUGCGAGGCUAUCAAGGCAAAUUUGGCGAGGAAGACGACGAUGGCAUCGACACGGCUUAUCGUGUGGUUGCCGAUCACGUCCGAACCUUGACGUUUGCGUUGAGCGAUGGUGGGGUGCCGAACAAUGUGGGUCGCGGCUACGUCCUGCGCCGUAUUCUGAGACGUGGAGCGCGGUAUGCUCGCAAGAAACUGGGCGUCACAAUCGGUACAUUUUUCUCCUCGUUGAUGCCUGUCGUAGUCGAUCAACUGGGCGCAACUUUCCCGGAGCUCACCAAGAAGCUGCCAGAGAUCAAAGAAAUUCUAGACGAAGAAGAGGAAUCGUUCUCGCGCACCCUGGACCGUGGGGAGAAGUUGUUCGAGCAGUACGCGGCUUCAGCUCGAGAACGGGGCGUCCGCGAGCUCAAUGGGAAGGACGUCUGGCGACUUUACGACACCUACGGCUUUCCCGUCGACCUAACGCGAUUGAUGGCUGAAGAGCUCGGCCUAACCAUCAACGAGCGAGAGUUUGAAGCAGCACAAGCUUCAUCGAAGGAAGCAAGUAAGGCUUCCCAGAAGAAGCACGCAAACAGUGUCGUCAAACUCGACGUCCAUGAUCUUGCUACCUUGGAGAAAAACACUGAUGUCCCGAAGACGGAUGACUCUGCCAAAUUUUCUGUCGGCAACGUAGAGGCUACUGUGAAGGCCAUUUAUUUCAGCAAGUCAUUUUUCCAGACCACGAGCAACGUAUCCGAGGAUACGUCUUUUGGUAUCAUUCUAGAUCGCACCAGCUUCUACGCCGAAUCGGGAGGACAGGAACACGACACCGGCAACAUCGUAAUAGAUGGCUUCGCCGACUUUGAAGUGACGAACGUGCAAGUCUACAACGGUUAUGUUCUUCACAUCGGGUACCUCAAAUAUGGCAAACUUUCUGUGGGAGACAAGGUGGUGGCCUCCUAUGACGAGCUCCGUCGAUGGCCCUUGCGCAAUAACCAUACUGCGACUCACAUACUCAACUUCUGUCUACGUGAAAUUCUCGGGGAUCAUAUCGAUCAAAGGGGCUCUCUUGUCGCACCGACCAAACUUCGUUUCGACUUCUCACAUAAAGCUCAGAUCCCCAUCAAUGAACUCGUGAAGAUUGAGUCGAUGGCUAAUGAAUGGGUAAAGAAGAACGUCAAGGUCUACAGUCAAGAGCUCGAUUUGAAGACGGCUCAGAGAAUCUCUGGGCUCCGUGCUGUGUUCGGUGAAUCGUAUCCAGACCCCGUGCGCGUCGUCUCAUUGGAAUACGAUGUUGCAGAUAUUGCGAAGGACGUCGAGAGUCCUAAGUGGCGCAGCACGAGCAUAGAGUUUUGUGGCGGAACUCAUGUUGCUCGAACGGGUGAUAUCAAGCAGUUUGUGGUCAUCGAGGAGUCCGGAAUCGCGAAGGGCACACGCCGAAUCAUCGCUGUGACCGGGCAUGAGGCUCAGGAAGUCACAAGACAGGCUGAGACACUCAGGGAAAGACUGCACCAGGUUGAAAAACUGGCGGGCAACACGAAGGAUACCGCCCUCAAGACCUUGACCGUCGAACUUAGCCAAGCGGAUAUAUCGCUGAUUGAGAAGACGCGAAUGAGAGACCACUUAGCUGCUCUCAGAAAGACGUUCGACAAGGAGAUCAAGGAGAAGGACCUCGCCGCCAACAAAGCCGCCGUUGAGGACGUCGUCAAGUAUUUCGAGGAGAAUCCGAACGAGCCAGCGUAUAUCACCGUUCUAGACGUCGAGGGCAACACCAAGAUUCUCCAGGCUGUCGUUCUCCAAGCGAAAAAGCUUGGUAAGGCUGUUUACGUCUUUAGUGUGGACGCCAACGCUGGGAAAGUUGCACACGCAAAUCAUAUCCCGGAGUCGUACAGAGCUCGGGGUUUGGACGCGCGGACGUGGGCAUCCAAAGUGACAGCUGUUAUUGGUGGAAAGGCUGGUGGAAAGGAGGAAGGAGCGCAAGGUGUUGGUCAAGAAGUGAGCAAGGUUGAAGACGCCGUGAUUGCAGCCAAGAAGUACCUAGACGAAGUGAAGGCGUAGCUGCGUAGACCCACGCGAAUAAUAUGAUUGUAAUGCGUGCUUGUAUCUCUCUGUAUAGUCUAUAUACUGCAUGUAUUUUUUCCGCCCU